GUCUUUCAAUAGUUUCGUUUCAAUUUGAAGGUUAUAUGUGUUUGCCCGAAAAUGUGCUGUUACCAUGUGAUUUAAACUGCUGGAGCGAAAUAAAAUGCAUUUUACAAUGCAUACUACAGAAAAAAAUGACCCUGACUGAAAAGUUCCGCUUAUUAUAUGAUAUUGAGAGUUUAUUUCACUACAAUGUAAAACGAUAUAACCGACUGAAAAUUUGGCCAGCCAGCAGCAUUUAUACUGGUUUGGGAAACUUCAUUAAGUUCCAUAUGGGCGAAAAUGAGGGGAAAUAUUUUGAGAUGCACACCUUGCCUUUUAUUUUGGACUGUGUUGUUAUGACUGAAAUUAUUUCACGUAACAGUAGACCAUCGUAUUGCUCUGAGAAUCAAAAGUGUUCGGAGUUGAUACAAUACGAUACUUGCACGUCUAUUGUUGCAUGUUCUUUUCUUUGUUUAUUACCUACUCAUCCUAAAUACAACCAGUGCUCAAGUGACAUUAACUUUACCAGUGUUUUCCUCAAUAUAUUUCCUAGGUAUGUUCUUAGUUUCUGUAACUUUUUUGUAGCAAAUCUCUACAAGUGAAGGAUCUGCGGCGUGUGGUCUCGUAUUUUGAAUUUUGUAGGACUUUUAAAUCAUCUCUACAAGGUCUAGUUGUGUCACGUCGAUUUUGGUCAUGUUUAGAUUUACAGAGACCUUCCUCAGACAACAUUGGUGCGAAUGUCUUUUCGCGAUCUAAUUAUGACACUUUGACUGGAAUUUUAUCUUGUGCACGUCUCCCUCUUCUGUUAGUAGACAAUAUUUUCGAUGAAGAACAAAUCGCUCUUGAAGCACACCUUCCGACUGUUCAUUUCAUGAGGCCGCAUGUGAAAGGGGUGCUAUUCAACGGUGGUAUAUCACAAGCGGAGUCACUUUUCUCAAAAUAUCCAGAUUUAAUCUCUAUCAUUCCUUUACACCAAAACUUAAGCGAUGGAGAGUCCCUAUGGGUUGAUCAUUAUCGAGGUCCAUUUCUGCCAGAGACACUUGGCGCCUCUACGACAAUGGACCGCUUUAUUGAAGAAGCUGUUAAAUGGCGUCGCUUAAUUUUGUUAAACAGUAAUCAAUAUCCAACAUGGAUGUCUGAAAUUCACUACUCUACAGAGUGUCUAAUUAACGAAAUAAUUUUUGUUACCGCUGGUCUUUCUCCUGACGGAUUAAAAAGUAAAGAUGAGCAUAUUCGUCCAGAAAUUUUCAGUUCAACCUGGUGGGAUUAUCUUAAAUCGAAAUCAGCAUCAGGAAUUGAACAGAGGUAUACUAAAAGCAGUCGACUUUCAUCUAAUGAUUUAACAUAUUCACCUAAUACUGCUAUAGAAUGUGUACAAACUACAAUUGCCAAAUCUCUAGUCGAUUAUGCAGAUAAACUUGUAUCGGGACUAAUCUGUGGGAGUCUAAACAAAUUGGGAAGAGGGAAGACUAACAAACUGUCGAAUUCUGGUGAUCGAACACUUCUCAAGAAAUCUCAAAUUGGUAGAUGUCAUUCAAAUCAACGUACUUUGAGUGUAUUUACACCAUUAAAUUCAAGUGAUUUAAGCGGGAAACUAUGCAAGAAUAUUUCUAAAUCUACUGCACAUCACUUUAAUCCUAGUUAUAAGACAAGCAGUUGUUCAAAUCAAUGUAAAAUCAUUGAACAGGGAAAACUUAACAAGCCAAUUGUAUAUUAUGCUAGUGAUUUAGUGAAAGAAUCUGUUAACUACGCUCAAAACGUAUCAACUCUUCAUAUUCACCAGUUAAAUGUGUACUCUGAUAAAUUAGUUGCUAAUAUACUUCAAAGUGCAAAUAAAUUAUUGAAUUGGUCAAACCAGUUGUCUAAACAAAUACUUACUGAAGUUAAAUAUUCAAAUAAUUUGGGCAUAAAUAAUAAUAUUAAGAACCAGAAUGUUAUGAAUUCAACAAUUGAUAAAGAGGUUGUUGAAAAUAAUAAAACAAAUACUACCAACAGUGAAAAACAUCCUAUGAAUGAAGACUUUCAACAGUGUCGAAUAUCUCAACCGAAUAAUGAUUUGAACAGUCAUGAAAAAUACUCCAUACUGAAUAAAGACAAUUCAGUUGAUGACCAGUCCUGUCAAACAAUGAGCAUGGAUUCAGAAAUGAAGAUUGUAGAAGAAUCAUCUCUAAAAACUCAAGCAAUGAAAGACAUUAAGAAGUCUGAUAAUUGUAUAUUCCCUAAAACAAAUCCCAUUAUUGUAUGUGAGGAUGGUGAUCAUACAAACUCUAAAAAAUCUGUGUUUAAAUGUGAUAGUGCAAAGCAUAAAUUACCGCAGAUUUUUGUUUCAGAAAAUUUAUCUGAAUUUGCAAAUAGUCUAGUUGUUAAGUGUAUCACAUUAGCGUUUGGAGAAAUCUACAUUCAAAGGAUGUCUUCGUAUUUGAAUCAUGGUUCAAUCAACUCAGACACCGAAAAUAAUAACAAUAAUGAUCUCGACGACUUUGAGUCGAAAUACUACAAUUCUUCAAAUAUACGUCCUCCAGGCUUAAUAUUGGACGCUAUUGGAGAAGAAUAUCCAUCCAACUAUUAUUCAGAUCCACAAAUGAAAGUUUUAAUUCAAUGGAUAUCGGCUGCAUUAGUUUAUAGUUCACCUUGCUGUAAAUUCAAAUUUUUAGCUAAUAAAAUGAAUUCAUCAACACAAGAUAAAAUUGAUGGCGAUUAUAAUCAUUCACCUAGUGAAUUGAAGGAAUUUAAGGAUCAAAUUGCAAUGGAACACUCAUGUUCACCACUAAUCUGUUGUACAAAUGGUGAUGUGAAAUUGAAAAAGCUCCAGACUGUUGUAUCACUUGUCUAUAAAGCAUCAUGGAAUGCUGGGGAUUUAUUCUGUGCUAUGUUAGAUUAUUGUCAUUAUAGAUCUCAGUAUUUGGCUCAAACUACAAGUGACUACAACAUUAAUGAUGAUGAUAAUAUCAUUCCAUUACAGUGCAAUUAUUCACUGUCACCUCAGUUAAUAUCAAAACCUCUAUUAUCUUUAUUUGACUUUUUAAUACUUCAGUUGCAAAAUAUUCAGUAAACGUUUCAACAACAACAAGUCUACUUUAUUAUGCUUUCUGUACAGAAUCAUUGAAUCUCUAUAAUAUUUCUCACUGACUUCUUAUUAUUUACUUUUUAUGUACAGUUUACGCACAAUGUUAUUUAAUAAUAUCUUAUUUUGCUUAAUUUUGAUUUGAAAUAUUAUUUUCAUUAAAAUAUACUUCAAGUUUUCAAUUCAAUAUUGAAUACAUCUCAUACUUUUCAUUUAAAC